AACACAUCUUCGUUAAAAUCGCCAUCACCUUAUAUAGUUAUAUUUAAACACAAAAACUUCACAUCAAUCUCUCAUCACACUUCACACCAAAGAGAUCAAUCAUGGAAGGAAUUGAACACAGAACAGUUGAGGUGAAUGGAAUCAAAAUGCAUAUUGCUGAGAAAGGUAAAGAAGGACCGGUAGUUUUGUUCCUUCACGGCUUCCCUGAACUCUGGUAUUCAUGGCGCCACCAGAUUGCGGCUCUUGGCUCCCUUGGUUACCGGGCGGUGGCUCCGGAUCUCCGUGGCUACGGAGACACCGAAGUUCCCGCUUCGGUAAGUAGCUAUACGAUUUUCCAUUUGGUUGGGGACGUUAUUGCACUGAUCGAUUUACUCGGUGCUGAUCAAGUGUUUCUUGUGGCUCAUGAUUGGGGUGCUAUCAUUGGUUGGUAUGUUUGUUUGUUUCGUCCUGAGAGAAUCAAAGCUUAUGUGUGUCUCAGUGUUCCAUUUUUACCGAGAAACCCUAAAAUCAAACCUGUUGAUGGCAUGCGAGCUUUGUUUGGUGAUGAUUACUAUAUCUGCAGAUUCCAGGAACCGGGGAAAGCAGAAGCUGAAUUUGCCAAAGCUAGUCCAGAUUUGGUGAUUAGGAACACGCUUACAAGCAGGAAUUCUGGACCACCAAUCUUACCCAAAGAAGGAACUGUGCUAUCUAAUCCUGAAGCUGCAAGUGCAAAGCCUCUUCCUUCUUGGCUCUCACAAGAAGAUAUCAAUUACUAUGCUUCUAAAUUUGAAAAAUCAGGAUUCACUGGUGGGCUUAACUACUACAGAAAUUUCAACUUAAACUGGGAGCUGACAGCAGCAUGGACCGGAGCACAAAUUAAGGUACCAGUGAAGUUCAUCACUGGUGAUUUGGAUCUAGUUUAUGUUUCAUUGGGUACAAAGCAAUACAUUGAGAGUGGUGGUUUCAAGAAAGAUGUGCCAAAUUUGGAGGAAGUAGUUGUACAGGAAGGUGUGGCUCACUUCAACAACCAAGAAGCUGCUGAUGAAAUCAGUAAUCACAUUUAUGAAUUCAUCAAGAAAUAUUAGUUAUGAUCUUAUAAUCAACUCAAUUCUUAAGCAACUAUUCACAAUAGAAGUUUUGUCUAAAUUGUCUUCUAAUAAAUGGUUUAGCUGCAAUAUAUGUUACUUUGUACUCGUGGUUGUGCUAUUAUGGCAACUUUAUUAUUCUAAUGAAUUGGAAAUUUCUUUGA